GGCUGCUGCUACCGCCACCACCAUCACCGCCACUGCCACCACCACCGCUACCGCAGUGCUCCCACUGGUGCAGAGCUCCAGUGGUCACAGACCCACUUCCGCCAUCCUCCUGCAGCAGCUCGCCCUCUCUUUCCGCACCGUCCGGCUCGCUAUGCGCUCCUCCGCGGCUUUGGCGCUUCUGCUGUGCGCCGGGCAAGUCUUUGCCCUUCCUGUGAACAGCCCUAUGACAAAAGGGGACACUAAGGUGAUGAAGUGUGUCCUGGAGGUCAUCUCCGACUCGCUGUCCAAACCCAGCCCCAUGCCUGUCAGCCCUGAGUGUCUGGAGACCCUCCAAGGAGAUGAGAGGGUCCUCUCCAUCCUUCGACACCAGAAUUUGCUGAAGGAACUUCAAGACCUGGCGCUUCAAGGUGCCAAGGAGCGGGCCCAGCAGCAGCAGCAGCAGCAGCAGCAGCAGCAGCAGCAGCAGCAGCAACAACAACAACACAGCAGCUUUGAGGAUGAACUCUCGGAAGUAUUUGAGAACCAGAGCCCUGCAGCCAAGCAUGGAGACGCAGCAUCAGAAGCCCCCUCCAAGGACACUGUAGAGAAGAGAGAGGAUUCUGACAAGGGGCAACAGGAUGCCUUUGAGGGAACCACAGAAGGACCCAGACCUCAGGCCUUUCCAGAGCCCAAGCAGGAGUCCUCUAUGAUGGGAAACAGUCAAUCUCCAGGGGAGGACACAGCCAACAAUACCCAAUCACCAACCAGCCUCCCCAGCCAGGAGCAUGGGAUUCCACAGACCACAGAAGGCAGUGAGAGAGGUCCCAGUGCCCAGCAGCAAGCCAGAAAAGCCAAGCAAGAGGAGAAAGAGGAAGAGGAGGAGGAGAAAGAGGAAGAGGAGGAGGAGAAAGAGGAGAAGGCGAUCGCCAGAGAGAAGGCUGGGCCUAAAGAAGUCCCCACGGCAGCAUCCAGUUCUCACUUCUAUUCAGGCUACAAGAAGAUCCAGAAAGAUGAUGAUGGUCAGUCGGAGUCUCAGGCAGUGAAUGGAAAGACAGGGGCUUCUGAAGCUGUGCCAUCUGAAGGGAAGGGGGAGCUGGAGCACUCUCAGCAGGAGGAAGAUGGGGAAGAGGCCAUGGCAGGGCCCCCCCAAGGUCUCUUCCCAGGUGGGAAGGGCCAGGAGCUGGAACGUAAGCAGCAGGAGGAGGAAGAGGAAGAGGAGCGUCUGUCCAGAGAAUGGGAGGACAAGCGAUGGAGCAGGAUGGACCAGCUGGCCAAGGAGCUGACAGCAGAGAAGCGGCUGGAGGGGGAAGAUGACCCUGACCGGUCCAUGAAGCUCUCCUUCCGGGCCCGGGCCUAUGGCUUCAGGGACCCUGGGCCUCAGCUACGCCGGGGCUGGAGGCCAUCUUCCAGAGAAGACAGUGUGGAGGCCCGAGGCGACUUUGAGGAAAAGAAGGAAGAGGAGGGCAGCGCCAACCGCAGAGCAGAGGACCAGGAGCUAGAGAGCCUGUCAGCCAUCGAGGCAGAGCUGGAGAAGGUGGCCCACCAGCUGCAGGCUUUGCGACGGGGAUGAGGCACUGGCUGGUGGGGUCCGGCCAUGGCUUCAAGGCCCAACUGCUGCUCAAGUAGGGAGGCUUCCAGCCUCAGAGCCCAGGUUACCCCUUGCCCCUUCCCUUCUCUUGCUCUCAGCCCCUGCCCUGGACACUUCUGCAGGGCAGCCCUGAAAGUCAACACAGAUUCUUUCUCGGAACACAGGCAGCUUUCUAGAAGUUUCUCUUCCACCUUCUAAUCCAUGGGGCACAACUGCAGUAGUUCUGAUCUUUGGGCGAAAGCCGAGAACUCCUGACUAUUAAGAUAUUCCAGAUAAAAUUUAUUGAAGGAAGAAUAAACCUGCUUUGGGCUCUUCA